UGUAAACAAACACUGGGAUAAGAUUUAGAGGAAAACUGAAAUUCUUCGUAAAAAACACGUAAAAAACAGGUUUCCAGGGUGUUUUAAGUGCGGCAGAGAGAGGCAGAGAAUAAAACAGAAAAUUUGGAAUAUAUUGACACAGAGAGAAGGAAGGAGGAGGCGAAGAAACGGGAGAUAAAGAGGAGAAGGAGGAGGAGAGAGUGAGAGAGAGAAGGAUGCAAGAGUUGGGAGAAGGAAGGAAAAGGAAUUGAAGGAAAGGAAGAAAGAAGGAAGGGAAGGAAAAGGAAUUGAAGGAAAGGAAAAAAGAAGUAAGGGAAGGAAAGAAAGGACGAAGAAGAAGGAAAGAGAUAGACAGAAGAGAAGGAACAAAAGACAAAUGUGGUAAUGGACAGGAAGUGAAGGAGAGGAAGGAAGGGAACUAGAAGAGAAGGAAGGAAAAAAUACUGAAAAUAAGAACGAAAAAGAAGAUAAACACAAUAAGAGGAAGCAGAGGAAAGGAAGGAAGAAAAGAAAGAAGAGAAAAAGAGAAAGAAAAAGAAUGAAGGAAGGAAGGAGAAAACAAUGAAAAAACAAUAAGAAAACGAAGAUAGGAAUAACAACAAAGAAGGGAAGAGAAGAAAAGAGAAGGAAAGGAAGAAAAAGAAAGGAAACAAGAAAAUAAGAGAGGAAAUUGGUCUGAUCUCUCCUCCUCCUCCUCCUCCUCCUCCUUCUCCUCCCCUUAACCAUGGCGGCCAAUGCUCUGGUGUGCCCCUGAGGCCUGGGCGGCAUGGGGGUGUAGUGGCGGCGGCGGUUGGGGUGGCGGCUGGGUGAUUUACUAUGUGGUUCGGUUGACAUGAAUCUGCACUCAAUGUUUCGUGAUUUCAAUCCUGGCAAGUUCAUCGUGUGGGUGUGCGUGGCGGUGUUCACGGCGGUGUUCGCGCUGCGGCUGGAUGGGGAGCUGGACUGGAGCUACUGGCUGGUGUUCUGCCCCCUGUGGCUGUGGAAGGGCCUGGUGCUGCUGGGGGCCAUGGUGGGCAACGUGGUCUGGUGGAGGAACCCUCACUACAGACUGGAGGGUCAAUCCUACAUCCAGUACCGUGCGCUGCUCAUCUCCCUGGGGCUGCACCUCUUCCUGUUGAUGUUUGAGGUGCUGGUGGCCGACAAGCUGGAGAACCAUCGCCACGCUUGGGUCUCGGUCUUUGCCCCGCUCAUACUCAUCUCCAUCGUGUCCAUCGCGGCGUGCAUCUGGGCGGUGAAGCAUGAUCGCUCCUUUGAGCUUGAGUUGUUCUGUUCGGUCAAUCUCCUGCAGUUCAUCUUCAUCGCCCUCCGCCUUGACGAGUACCUCACCUGGUCAUGGGAGAUAGUAUUCGUACCUGCGUGGAUCCUCCUCUGCGUGUCCGUGGUGGCCGUCCUCUACAGUAUCGUGUUCGCCGGGCUUCUCCUACGCAUGCCGGACGUCAACCCGGACCGUCGGCGAACGUCCAUGAACUCGGCGAUAGGUUACACGUGUCUCGUCGCUCCCUUGUUGAUAUUCUUGAUUACGCUGGCGAGUAAGUUGAACGGGAAAACAUCGGCGACCUAUACGUCAAUAGUGUCGCCGCUGUAUAUCUCGUACGCCACGCUGCUCCUCAUGGCCUUCACGACGAAGCGAGCGAACCAGUGGUGGUUCGGACUGCGCAAGGACCUCUGCCAGUUCCUCCUCGGCGUAUGUCCUCUCCUACAGGAAUACGCCAACAUCUCCUACAGCAUCCCACACCUGCAGGACUCUCGGAGCGGCCUGCAGCAGAAUCCUUCCGAGCCUGGCGUCCUGACCUCGGAGAAACGCGAUGUUGUAGCUUCGUCGCGCCGUAUCGAGCAUCGCGUAGUGGUGCCGGCACUGAGCUUAGAGGUGCCGGACUAGUGCCGUUGAUUGAGUGCCUGUAGGAAGGGUAAGGAUGCUUGUGUUUUUAUCCUAUUAGCCUUCAAAUCCUUAGGUGAUUGCAAUGGUGUUUAAGAACUGCGGAAAAGACUUUAACUAGUGCGAAAAGCUUAACAGUGUCACAAGAAUAGCAGCUGUAGUAAUAGUAGUAGUAGUAGUAGUAGUAGUAACAGUAGUAGUAGUAGUUUAGUGCCCAAAUUCCACUCCACUAUAGGCCUAUCUCCACACAACCACAGCGUGUCUCAAUACAUGCCAGAAAUUAAUCCAGACCAGGAUCGACCCCAUGACCAGCGAGAUAGGAGAGCCACCCCUUAACUCAUCUGCUGUGAUUGGCACGGAUUUGGCCUUCACUGGUAGCUUGUUAACAUAUAGUCCCAGGUCUUUCUCUGCCUCUGUGGUGGAUAGUGGAGUGUUUCCCAUGUGGUAUUGGUGUGCUGGAUAUCCCUUCACUGGUAGCCUGGUAACACACACUCCCAGGUCUUUCUCUGCCUCUGUGGUGGAUAGUGGAGUGUUUCCCAUGUGGUAUUGGUGUGCUGGAUAUCCCUUCACUGGUAGCCUGGUAACAUACACUCCCAGGUCUUUCUCUGCCUCUGUGGUGGAUAGUGGAGUGUUUCUCAUGCAGUAUUGGUGUGCUAGAUAUCCCCUCCCAAGCUGCAGGACUUUACAUUUUACUUCAUUGAAUUGUAGCAGCCACUUUUUGUUCCAUUCCUGUAGCUUGGUGAGGUCUUAUGGUAGGAAAUUCACAGCCAAGGGGAUAACCAGUCAGCCAUAGAGGUGCGCCCCUUGCAGAAUGAGUCACGUGAGGCUCUCCCAUCAGGCAGGUCAGGCACUUCAGUAGUUGCGCAAAAGAGACAUUGAAAUAUAUGUGUGUGUGUCUCGGAGUGAUUCAAAGCUAGUAUAAGAUGCGAUAUUUUUGUGGGGAAAGAUGGAGGAUGUUAAUAUAAGGGAAAUUGUGUCUUACUGCAAAAUAAUAUUGAUUUUAAGUAAGAAAAGAGAUGAAAAUGUUAAAAUAAUGAAAAAUAUGUCUUGCUAUGAAAUAUAUGUUGAUUUUUAAGCUGUUAUGAAGGAUGUAGGAUAUUAAUAUGAGGGAAAUUGUGUCUUACUGCAGAAUAACAUUGAUUUUAAGUUAGGGAAGAGAUGAAAAAUGUUAAAAUAAUGAAAAAAAUGUCUUGAUACGAAAUAUAUGUUGAUUUUGAAGCUGUUAGAGGAAGAAAAAUGUGUUGUUUGCAAGAAUGACAUUGAUUUUAAGUAAGAAAAGAGAUGAAAAAUGUUAAGAUAAUGAUAAAAAUGUCUUGCUACGAUAUAUAUAUUGAUUUUUAAGCUGCAAGAAAGGCUAUAGAGAGUUCAUACAAGGAAGAAAAAUGUCGUAUGCAAGAAUGACAUUGAUUUUAAGUAAGAAAAGAGAUGAAAAAUGUUAAGAUAAUGAAAAAAAUGUCUUGCUACGAAAUAUAUGUUGAUUUUUAAGCUGUAAGAAAGGCUAUAGAGAGUUCAUACAAGGGAGAAAAAUGUCGUAUGCAAGAACGACAUUGAUUUUAAGUAAGAAAAGAGAUGAAAAAUGUUAAGAUAAUGAAAAAAAUGUCGAUACGAAAUAUAUGUUGAUUUUUAAGCCGCAAGAGAGGCUAUCAAGUGUUCAUAAAAGGAAGAAAAUUUGUCUCACUGCAAAAUAUCAUGGUGUGGAUUUUAAGUUAGUGAAGUAGGCCUAUUUAUAUAUAUUGAAUUAUUUCCAUGUAUCUCUCAUUAAAUCAUCUUAUAAACAGAGCUAAAACAGGGCAUACUGUCUUAAAUGAAGGGAAUUCUAUGACACACUAAUAUAUUUAUCUUCUCAUUAUUUUGUCAUUGAUCAUUUUAAUUGUCAUUGCAUUCAUCUUAACCUCUAACAUUUUUAUAUUAUUAUUAUUAUUAUUAUUAUUAUUAUUAUUAUUAUUAUUAUUAUUAUUAUUAUUAUUAUUAUUAUUAUUAUUAUUAUUAUUAUUAUUAUCAUUAGCAUCAUCAUCAUCAUCAUCAGUUAUUCUCUUUCUCCUCAUUAAUAAGUGUCAUUAUUAUUAUUAUUAUUAUUAUUAUUGUUGGAUAUUUUUAACCCAUGACAAGUGUGAUUAUUCUCUCUCUCUCUCUCUCUCUCUCUCUCUCUCUCUCUCUCUCUCUCUCUCUCUCUCUCUCUCUCUCU